AUUGAUGAACACCGUGGCCAUGCAAAAAUACAUGGGUUUCUCCACCGCCGCAGCGCCGCCGUCUCCCGCCGCCGCCACUCUCGUAAAUACUCGCUCAUUUUCUCUUACAUCAACAACCCAAAGAAACCACAUAAAUUUCAAACAAAAAUCACCCCUCUUCCAACUCCGCUACACCCUGAACAACAACAACAACAACUUUCACGGCGGCUCUCAACACACGCUCGGCUCUACAUUCACCCAAUUUACAGUUAUCGCCGUAUUUUCCCUCACGCUUCUGAUUCUCCGGCUUGCUUCCGACCUCCUCCUGCCGGAUUUUCCUCGCCGUUGGCGCCGUCUGAUCGGCUUCGCUUCCCAAGCCGAAGCCGAGCUGGUAGAAGCCCCCGAGUAUUUGUUCCAAGGCGUUGUUGCUUACGAAGACCGGCGCUUCUUUAGCCAUUCUGGAGUCGACGCGAUCGGCGUGGCUCGCGCCAUUUUGUCUCUUUCAGCUCGUGGUGGCGGCAGUACCAUAACCCAGCAGCUUGUGAAAAAUACAUUUCUGAAGAACGAGCGCACGCUUUCUAGGAAAUUUAUCGAGAUGGCGCUGGCAGUUGCACUCGAGAGGAAAAUCUCAAAACCGAAAAUAUUGAGUGCGUACUUGUGUAAGAUAUACUGGGGGCACGGGAUCUAUGGAAUCAAAUCAGCAUCAAAUUUAUACUUCGGAAAACACCCAUCGCUUCUCACUUUGGGUGAGUGUGCACUACUCAUAGGAAUCAUACCAGCCCCAGAGUCCCGUUCACCGUUCCGAGAUUAUAGCAGAGGAAAGACCUUUCAAGCUAGAGUUUUGAAAAGGAUGGUUGUCGGCCACUUUCUUGAUAUCGAGAGUGCACUUUCUGCCGUCAGAAAACCGUUCGCCUUGAAAUCCGAUGGACCGGAGUAUGCAGAAAAAUCGUUAUUUCCAGUACUUCUUCCUUCCGAAUCGGGGUAUGAAAGUCCAAUGAAGGAUACAUGGGAUUGGGAAAGAGAAAGCAAAAUGUGGGAAGUGGUGGAGGAUAUGGAGAAAUGGGCUAUGAGUUUUAGAAAGAUUGUUAAAACUUCAAAUUUGUGAUGUACUGUAUAUUAUAUUCAAACAAUAAUUUAAUUUAUUUUAA